AUGGAAAAGGAUAAUCCAACCCUUUCCAAGAAUGCCUAUUUCACGAAGGAGAUCCCUUUCCACAAGGGCAAAGCUUUAUUAGCUGAAGAUUCCCUUGUCCGCCACCCACCUUCCAAGUACCCAUAUUUCCCAAGGCACAUCUUCCCUGUUCGGAUAAAGAAAUCCAGUACCAUCGGUUGCUGCAGAGCUUAUCAAUCCUCAGGUCCUGUAAGAUACACUCCAAAGAAAUAUUCCCUUGGCAGAGAAAAUCAAAAUUCUCAACAUACAAAGAGUUCCAAGGAAAAAGCAAUUGAUCGUUCUUCAGAUUCAAGUUUUUCGAAAGCUACAUUUUCGCAUGACAGAACAGUAACACACAGAUUAUCAAAUGCGAAUGAUGGGUCUCAAUAUCAGUUUUCCAGUGUCGAGAGAAUCUCUGAUGCUGAAACUAUGAACUCAAGCAAUAUGAUUGGAGGUAUGGUGGAAUUUUCAGAUCUUGAUGAUGACACUAGUCAUGAUCAGGAAGUCAUGGAUCAUCAUCUCAUAGAUGAGGCUGAACAACAUAAUGGACAAUUUAACAUAUCCGAUGAUAAUGGUGUCUUUGAGAAGGAUGCAACGCAUGCUGGUAAAACUAAGCAAGAUGCUGAAAAAAUGGCAGUCGAAGUUCUUGCAACAAGGUUUGAAUAUCUUCAUGGGGCAGCUUCCAAUCUAUUUAACCUGGGUCUUAUAUCUUGGACCUUUUGGUUAAACUAA